AUGCCUGCUCACAAGUUUGUGUUAAAUGCUCGAAGCGAGGAAUGGCGCGAGGAGGUUUUGAUGGACAAAAGUGAACUAGAUUGGUCCGAUAUGGAUGCAGAUGUUGGAUAUGCCUUGAUUCGGUGGAUUUACACCGAUGUGGUUGAUCUGCAACAUGAUUCGCUCGCACUUGAGCUUCUGAAAACCUCAUCGUUUCAAGCUACCCGGCCUAAUGGGGCUCUGCGAACGCGCACUCGUUUCAUCUGUAUCAGUGCGUUCCUGUGUACGGUUCUACUGCGUGGCGGAGGAGGUCGGUGCCGCCAACCUGUUAGAAUACUGUUCGGUCUCAUUUCUACACACUGGGACGAUCUAACACCGCAAGAUUUCGAGCACAUGUCCGGAGCGCUGCUAUAUAAAAUGCUCAAAAGCAAAACCAAAUAUCCACUCCAUGCCGCCGUCCGAUUGCUGCGUGAAGACGUCGUGUUCUUAUGCCUGGUUGAAAACAACGGUGCGCUUCAAGAAAUUGUGAACAGUCUCUCGCCUCAAGGGCAACUACCGCUAGGAUUAGCCCUAAUGGGACGCAGCACGGCCAUUGCACAGACGCUGCUGGAAACUGGCGGUGCCGACAUAAAUGCGUACACCACAGAGGGAAACACACUACUCAUCGAUGCGAUUAAACGCGGCGACAGCUUUUCGGCACAGUUUUUGCUGGAAAAAGGCACCAACGUCGAUCUGGUGACAAGGGACACAUCCGAUACGGCAUUGCAUCUCGUGUGCACGUACUCGGAGCGAAGCACGGACGCGGAAACGCAUCGUGAAAUGUUCAGUAUCGGUCAGCAGCUACUGAAGCAGAACGCCGAUCCAAACAUGCAAAACAGCAAGGGCUAUACAUCGCUGCACGUGGCCAUCAUGUCCCAGCACACGGAAAUGAUCGACGAGUUGUUGGGUGAAGCUGACGGUCUGGACGUAGAUACAAACGUGCGGACGAAGGAUGAAAAAUGUGCCUUACAGUUGGCACUCACGCCACCGCAUACCGAUGGGCCACCGUUCGAGUUAGCCCGCAGACUGUUGGACCGUGGUGCACGCCCGAAUGUCAUCCAUCCGGAAACAGGGGAUAGCUUGCUGCAUUGCCUCGCGAAACAGCAGCUAGAGGAUGCGGCCGUCUUUCUCUCCGAUCACUGCAACCUUAGUCAUAUCAACCGUUCCGGAUUGACCGUGCUGCAUGUCGCUGCGUCGCAAGGAUUAGCGAACCUAACGCGUGCCUUGCUGGAAAAAGGAGCACCGCCAAACGUGCAGUCGGGUGUGACAGAGCUGAAGUCGGCGCUGCACUAUGCCGUCGAAGAGGAUCACACCCAGGUCGUGGAUGCUUUCAUCGAGUACAAAGAGGCGAAUCCCUCUGCGGCAGUAGAUUUCAAUAUGAAGAACGCAUUUGGCGAUUCGCCGCUCAGUUUAGCGCUCAGCCUCGGCUACAACGAGCUUGUGCCGAUGCUUAUCAAAGGUGGAGCGGAUGUGAACGCACGCAACGGCCAGGACAUGACGCUGCUCCAUCAGGCGAUUCUGAAGGAGGACGCGAAGACGGCCGUCUUUCUGUUGAACCAGGGUGCCGACAUGAAUGCUCUGACGGCGGAUCAGGAAUCACCGUUGCAGCUGUCCAUACACUGCCGCCUGGUGGAUGUCGUGGACGCUCUCUGCUCGCGUGGAGUGUCGCUAAGUGCACCCGAUAAUAAGGGAGAUUGUCCGCUCUGGAGCGCUCUGGAGUCGGAACAGUUGGAAAUAGCGUCCGUACUAGUGCGCCACGGUGUGGACACAGAUUGCUGGGGCUCGGGACCGGACGGUUGUCUACAAACUCUGCUGCAUCGGGCGAUUGAUGAGAACAAGGAACAAGCGGCCGCGUUUCUCAUCAAGAGCGGUUGCGAUCUGGACUCUCCGCGCCAACCGGGACCGCAGGGACAGGGCGGAGACGAGGCGAAGGACAAAGCGUCACCUCUGCACCUGUGCUGCCAGUGGGGUCUUCGAAACGUGCUGCACACCCUCAUCGGCCACGGGGCCAACGUGAAUGCGGUCGAUUGUGACCUAAAGACGCCAUUGCACAUUGCGAUCGAGAAUCAGCACGAAGAGAUCAUCGGCAUACUGUUGUGUCACCCGGGUAUUGACCUAAAGAUUCGUGACAAAACCGGAAACACACCGUUUGCCGCAGCACUGCAGGUGCGCAACAACAAAGCCGCACAGAACAUCCUUGAACGGUUGCCGAACGCGGCCGAGCAGAUCGAUCAACGGGGGCGCAAUUUUCUGCAUCUUGCGAUCAUGCGCGAUGAUCUGGAAUCGGUGCUGUUCCUGCUAUCGAUCCAGGUGGACGUUAACUCGCGUGUGCACGACGUCAAUCAGACGCCACCGCUCCAUCUGGCCGCCGCAUCGGAGAAGGAGAUGCUUAUUCGCAACCUCAUCUUGGCCGGUGCUCGGUUAAACGAUCGAGAUGCCACACAAAAGACGGCGCUUCACGUAGCAGCGGAGCGGGGCACGGUCGGUGCGGUGUCGGCCCUCCUACAGAACGGCGCCGACUUCGACGCGGUCGAUGGGGACGGCAAUAACGCGUUACAUAUAGCGGUUCGCGAGGGACAUAUUGCGGUCGUGCGGGAGCUGCUAACGGAGUCCGAGCUAAACGCAGAGAUCGCCAACAUGAAGGGACGCAAUCCACUGCAUGAGCUGUGUCGCUGCGGGAAGGACAAUACGGCAGCCACCAUUCUCGAGCUGUUCAUCGAAUGUAUGCCAAGGUAUCCGAUUAACAAUCCUGACCUGCAGGGCAACACGCCACUGCUGCUGGCGUACAUGCGUGGGCAGGCGCAACUGUGCCGGAUUUUGGUGAAAAACGGCGCCUGUCUGGGAGCCGAGAAUAAAGAAGGCUUAACGAUAUUCAAUUUCAAGCUGGCAACGAACCAGCUGCUGCAUCGUUUGCUAGACGAACUGCCACAAGAAUCACCGUGGGCUUCGUCGGAGUUAUGCCAAGAGUGUGGCACCAAAUUUACCAUAACCAUGCGGAAACACCACUGCCGUCACUGUGGGCGAAAUCUGUGCAGUCGAUGCUCGAACAACGAUGUGCCAAUAAUUAAAUUUGGCAUCAACAAACCAGUUCGCGUUUGUUCGGUAUGCUUUGAGGUUCUACAGAUCGGUAGCGGGAUCGUGUAGAAUCUUCCGAACGUUAUUGGUGGUUAUUGGAUCGAUGCUAGAGGUCCGUUUCAAAAGAAACGUGCAGUUAAAAUUCGUUUUCGAAUCGAGCUCAUUACCGUCAUCUCGUGGACCAUUCUUCAAGCGUAUUCUAAUUCACCUCAUUUGUAAAAUACUGAACGUAACGCUGGCAAGGACACAGGAUGUUCCCCUCCAGAGUAUUUGAUGUGGUGAUUCAAAUUCCAGAACAUUCGUUUUUUGCUUUUCUUCUAUUAGUUAGCUUACAUUUAUUUUUUUCGUUAUUAUUAUGAAAAGAAGAUUAUUUAUAUACAUGUAACGAACAAGAAUGGAUACGUUCCAACCAUUGAAAGCAACUAAAACUUGAU